UGGAGUAAUUGGACCCUUUUAAAUACAACAGAUCAAAGCAACAUCUAAAAACCACACGGCGGCAUUAACGUCACCCUCAGUAUUGUGAGUACAUGAUGGUCAGUCUCGGUUUUAAUUUCAGUCACAUAAUGAUGUAUUGAUGAAGUCUGGGAUCCAGUGCAUAUUUAUGAGCUUGUUAAACUGUGCAUGCAUUUGAAUAAAAAGUAGUGUGAGCCUACAGGGAAUUAUGCUGCCAGUGAAAAUAGAGCAAGCAAGCCAAUUUAGAUGAAGAAUGUGCAUACAGAAGAACUGGUGAAUGGAUUACAUGUACUGGAGUUUGCCUCAGACAUUUACACCAAUGUAAAUGUUGCACUUCUGUCUCUUAAGUUCCUGGUUGCAGAGUCACUUUUUUUUUUUUUACUGCAGUUAGAGCCUCAGCACGGAUGGAAUGAAUGAAACAACUUGACAUAAUGUUUAUAUAACCUUGUGUAUGAUGAGGGGAAAAUGAGGAUGAGCAGUGUAACAGAUGGCCUGCUUGGUAGCAUGCCGCGUUAUGCUGAACCUCUCCAGGAAACUCUGCCAGUAAUCUGGACAUUAAAUUCCAGCAUCCACAUUGACACCUCACGGGAGAGAGGCUGCCAGUGGAUGCGCUUAUGUUUGUUAAUCAGCCGCAGUGCGAGGUGUAACUCUGCACACUGAUCCAGCCUCAGGUCCUCCAAAAAAAACAACCUAAACCCUAAUUCCAUUUAAUGGUGGUGUAUCUGUGUCUACACUCAGGAGCAUCCCAGAGAAGAGGACUGUAUAUGAAAUGGAAAAGAAAAACAACCCCUGCCUACUGAAGUGCAUCAAACUGGACGACGUCGAUCACUGUAGCUUGUGUGAUCACUUAUAUAAAGAAAUAUGAUUAAUAUUAAAUACAUCCACAUUUUUAUUCUAUUAAUUGAGUAAUAAAUCUAAAAACAUUUUUUUUAUUUUUUUUAAUUAAUGACCACCUCACCCCCUGGUAUUGGCAGUGUGUUGUAAGAGCAGACCAUCAGCCCACCUGGCAGCAGGAGUUAGACUGACAGGUGAAUAGCCCAGUGUGUGGUGAGGCGGUGAUUAUCGGGCAUCCUGUUACUCUCCGUCUGCCGCUGCUAUGUGAUAGCUGGAGUUUUAUUCCAUGUCUCAGUCAGCAGACAAACUUCCUCCCCUGCCAAGCGGUAAGAGCUGGCCCGAGACGGCGCAGUGAGUUCAACUGGGGUUGAACGGGCAUCAUGUAAUUCAGUUAGGGGAUGAGAGCCGGGAUUGUCGGAUUUGUGCUCCCACCUCCUUUUACCCCCCAGAAAAUUUCGUCUUGAGUGUUUGUCGAAAUGAUCAAGAUGAUCUCAAUAAUCUGCCUGGCGAUGAUGCUGCUUCCUGAAGCGGUUCACUCUGCUGAGGGUCACUAUGCCACUAAGCUCUUGAAGGAUUUGAUGGAGAACUACUCCAGCGCCCUGCGGCCUGUGGAGGACACGGACAGAGCUCUGAACGUCACCCUACAGAUCACUCUGUCUCAGAUCAAAGACAUGGAUGAGAGGAACCAGGUGCUGAUUGCCUACCUGUGGAUCAGGCAGACGUGGCACGAUGCGUACUUGAAGUGGAAUAAAGAGGACUAUGAUGGACUGGACGCCAUCAACAUCCCCAGCAGCCUGGUGUGGAGGCCCGACCUCGUCCUCUAUAACAAAGCUGACGAUGACUUCUCGGGGCCAAUGGACACCAACGUGAAGCUGCGCUACAACGGAGAGCUGACCUGGGACGCUCCUGCCAUCACCAAGAGCUCCUGUGUGGUGGAUGUUUCCUACUUUCCCUUUGACAGCCAGGAGUGCAACCUGACUUUUGGGUCCUGGACCUAUAAUGGGAACCAGGUCGACAUCAUUAUGGGCAUGGACAGCGGUGACCUCUCCGAUUUUGUGGAAAACGUGGAGUGGGAAUGCCACGGGAUGCCGGCCACCAAGAACGUCAUCAUGUAUGGAUGUUGCUCUGACCCAUAUCCAGACAUCACGUACACCGUGCUCCUGCAGCGCCGCUCCUCCUUCUACAUUUUCAACCUCCUCCUCCCCUGCUUCCUCAUCUCCUUCUUGGCUCCUUUGGGUUUCUACCUGCCUGCAGACUCCGGGGAGAAGGUUUCCCUUGGAGUGACGGUUCUCCUGGCUCUCACUGUGUUUCAGCUCAUGGUUGCUGAGAGCAUGCCUCCGUCGGAGAGUGUGCCUCUUAUAGGGAAAUACUACAUUGCCACUAUGACCAUGGUCACAGCCUCCACAGCUCUCACCAUCUUCAUCAUGAACAUUCACUUCUGUGGUGCUGAGGCCAAACCAGUCCCCCACUGGGCAAAAGUCCUCAUUAUUGACUACAUGUCCAAGAUUUUCUUUGUUUAUGAGGUAGGUGAGAACUGUGCCACCGCCUCCUCCACUUCCUCCUCCUCCUCUUCAUCCUUCCACUCGCCCCAGGAUGAUCCCCGUCCCCAUCACGUCAGCUCCCACGCUCACGCAAAUGGAAAACCGGGGAGCCACAAUAACCACGGCGGUCAUCAGAGUCAGAAAUACCCCAGGCCCCAGACCCCCAAACCACAGCACCACCCCAGAGUGAAAGCCCAGCACCACAUUACCAGAGAAGAGAGGAGCCACCUCUCUGGCUUUGCACCAGGAAAAUAUGGAGACUCGAAUGGUAAAAUCCCUACAGGCGACUGCUGUCAAGACGACCAGAAGGUUCCGUGCUGCCCCGAAGACAAAAAACCACCACCUCACGGCCCCACUGUAACCUUUGGCCCCUGCGUGUUCUGUAGCUACGGCAGUGGCCUCCCCGGUGUGGACACCAAGCUGGUGCGCAAUGUGGAGUACAUCGCCAACUGCUUCCGAGAGCAGAGAGCCACGUGCGCUAAGGGAGCGGAGUGGAAGAAGAUCGCCAAGGUGAUGGACAGGUUCUUCAUGUGGAUCUUCUUCAUCAUGGUCUUCCUCAUGAGCAUCCUUGUCAUUGGCAAGGCACCGACCACACAGUGACGCUGUGGAUUGUUUAAAUAUUUCUAGAAAUCUGUUUUGUUUUUU